AUGAAUAUCGCCACCAAAUUCAGUGUUUUUACAGUUUUUCCUGAGAUUGUCUCCAUUGCGCAGUCCACAAAUAAGGCAGUGACGCUCAUUUCUAGCCCACUGAGUGAGAAGAGUCCGGACACAAUUUGGUCGGAGCUGACCACAGCUGCUGGACAUGUGUAUCUACGACAGAGCCAAGACUCCAAUGGGAGUCUGGCCAGAAGAGAGACAGCACUGACUACGCUACCGAUGAGCAGGAACGAAAACCGUAGGACCCGCAUCAAUUUCAGUUCCUUGCCUAUCAUGUUUGAGGACGUCCAGAUUACAUACAGACUUCCAGAAGAGAAAGAUCACCUUGACCUGACCUACAUCAACAUCUUCAAGCCUGACAUCUACCUGUACCUGACAGGUGCAAUACUUGGUGUUGGAAUCCUGGGCGCCAUCAUCCACCUCAUAUCUUCACUGACCACACUUACUGACCUCUUCUUCUUUCGCACCGAGAGCAUCCGCAAUGUCCAGUCCGGCCUGAUUAUCUGGACAUCCUGGGCCAUCUUCUGUUUCAUCCUAAAUGCAGCUUACUCUGCUAAUCUGGUCACCACCUUCACGGUCAAGACACCGGAACUGACCAUCAAGACCUUACAGGAUCUUCUCAACCAGAAAGAAUUCACCAUCGGGAUAAACCAACACGGCAACGCUCUUCAAACUUUCCUAAUGUCUUCACAAGAUCCCAUUCACAAGCAGAUCUGGAAACGCAUUCUGCAGCAAACGAAAACGAACCCAAGAUUCCUCAACAUGAGCAUAGAUGACCACAAAAAGAAAUUAUUGACUGAAAAAUACGCUUGGAUACACCAUACUGCACUAGUAAUCUUUCCCCAUGAGACGUACCCAGACGUGAGGACGUACGUCCAGAGCGGCUUCGAGGAGAUCCGACCAUCGUGUAUAGCCACUCCACAGAACGUCUUCUACAGCCAGGCCCUCAACACGACGCUCCUCUAUCUGGAAGAAGCCGGGAUUCUGGAGAAGCUGAGGAUGACGUACAUUCACAAAAACAAAACACCACGUGUCACGAGCAAGGUCAGCGACAACCAAGCCGUGACCUUGCAUAGGAUUGAACUUCCGGUUUAUUGUGUGAUGGCGGGUAUUGGCUUUGCUGCAUUGAUUUUAAUUUUUGAGGUCAUACUGUUUCAAUAUCGGAAGCGGAAAUGCCCAUAA